GCUGGGAAUAGAGGGAGAUAGUGAAGGGCUGACGAAUCAGUUGCUCUCCAGACCAGCAGCGUACCGCCGCUCUGCGCCAGAGCCUUCGUCUGUAGAGAUUUGCUCAAGAUGCCCACGGAGACCACGAAGAGAACAAGGAGUGGUUCUUUGAAAACUACCGACACCCACUCCAAAAGGACACUUCCUCCUUCAGUCACCGAGGACGACGACCUUGAAUUCAUGUUGGACGAAGAUGACGCCGCCGCCCUCCACGAGAACGAUGACGACGACGCCGACGACGACUAUGAAGACGGCGAUGACGAGACUCACGAAGGGUCCGGGCCUAGCGCUGGUGAAAUCCUAAACUGUCGGAAGAAGAACCCCUGCGUCAUCCUCUCGGACGCAAACGAGAAGCUGGUGGCGACGUGGUUGGAGAACGAGGCCGAGUUCGUGUACAACAAGGGCCUCUCGUCCUACAAGGACAAGACGAAGGUGUGGGACGCCUUCGAAGAGAAGGGGAGGUCGCUGGUACCGCCCGUGUCGGGCAACGAGCUCCGGACCUGGUUCACCUCCCUCAGGAGCCGUUUCGGGCGCCUCACCGCAGAGAAGAGCAGCAAGGGGCCGGGCAGUCGGCGGCGACUGACGGACCGCGAGAAGUGGAUCCUCAGCAUUUUCCAUUUCCUGGAGCCCCACAUUGUCCGGCACAAGUCGAAGAGGUCUGAUCCCGCUACUUCCUUCAGCCACGCACAAGCGACGUCCCGCCCUCCUUCCGUCAAGCCCUCUGCCGCCUCUCCGAUCUCCUCGUCGGACGAGCAAGCGUCCGCCGCCGACGAGCCGCGUCCGAAGAAGUCGCGGAAGUCCAAUGGCUGCGACGGUGGAAUCACCGCCCUCCUGGACGCUAUGAUCCAGAAGAAGGCAGGGUCAGUCAGCGAGGAAACGAAGACCGUCGCGAAUCCAGAAGAAGAGGAGGACCGGAAAAUCACCUACUGGCGGAGAGCCCUCGAAGACCUCGCCCAGGACUGCGGGGGCGUGGCGGCGCACCUCAGGGUGCCCCUGAAGAUGGAGCUCCUCGCCACCAUCCAUCGGUUCGUGAAGGCGUCCCAAGAGGGCGUCACGAGGCCGCCCCGUAGCAUGCUGCCCCAUACCACGGCAGAGGUGUUGUGGGAAGGCCACACAUCUGUCGGCGCUGGAGGGACGCCGUCUGCUUCAGGCAGUCAGUCCAUCCAGCACCUCAGGGCACAGCAGCAGCUGGCGCUGCUGCAGGCGCAGCUUGCUGGGACGGGGGUAACUACACCAAAGGACCUCGCCGGCCUUUCAAUUGGAACCUCCUUCCUGGAGAAUUUCAAUUAAUAUUGUUUCCCUAAGUUUACUGUAUGUAUGUAUUCACGCUUGAAUUUCUUCUCUCUGGUGGAUGCUUCUACCUGUACGUGUAUUUCAUAUAUUUACCGUUUGUUUGUAUGUUUAAAUUUCAUAUCCUUCUAGUAUGUAUCUAUGUAUAUACUUCUCAUAUUUACUGUAUUUUUGUAUGUAUGUGUCAAAUAUUUUUGUAAAUUUUAA